AUGGAGGCGGUGGCUCGCCGUCUCCUCUGCAUGCGGCCUUCCCGUCGGAACCCCUCCUCCCUUCGGCGCUUCUCCAGGCACCGCGGGGAGGAGGAGGACGAGCGGCGGCAGCACCACCAGCCGCUGCAGCUGCUCCGCGAGGUCGUGGUCGACGGCGUUGGGGGCCUAGACGAGAUGGAAUCGGCCCUCGAUCAGCUGGACAUCCAGGUCUCCCCCUCCCUGGUCAGCCAGGUCUUCGAUUCCUGUGACGCCGGCGCCGGCGACACCCGGAGGCUCCUCCGUUUCUUCGCCUGGUCCCGCCGGCGGACCCAGGACGCCCUCUGGGGGGACCCCUUCACCCGAGCCAUCCGCACCUUCGCGGCCAGGGGCGACGCUCCCGCCAUGGGCAUCCUCAUCUCCGACCUCCAGAGGGACCACCGCCACAUGGAAGCCGACACCUUCGCCUUCGCCGCCGAGUUCCUGGUCAAGCUCGGCCGCCCAGACGACUGCCUCCGCCUGCUCAAAAUGCAAGGAGCCGCAGCAGGAGGAAGAAGACCGAUUACCUCGGAGAGGAUCCUCGCCGUGGUGCAUGCGCUAUGCGGCCGCGGGCACGCCGAGAGGGCGGCGGGACUCGUCGGACGCUACCGCGGUGAGCUCGGGGCGGCGGAGAUGGCCGCCGCCAGCCGGAGCCUCCUACACGGGUGGUGCGUGGGGAGGAACGCGAGGGAGGCGCGGAAGGUGCUCGAGGAAAUGAAGUCCGCGGGCGCGCGCCCCGGCCGCGCUGCCUACGACGCGCUCCUCCGAUGCCUCUGCGAGCGGAACCUCAAGUUCAACCCCUCGGCGCUGGUGCCGGAGGCCUUCAGCGUGAUGGCGGAGAUGAGGGCCGCCGGCGAGGCCCCCGCCGCCGUGAGCGGCAACAUCCUGCUGUCUUGCCUGGCGAGGGCGAGGAGGGUGAAGGAGGCCUACAGCGUCCUCCAGUCGAUGAGGCGGGCCGAGGGCAAGCGGCCCCCGGCGGACUGGAUCAGCUACUACCUCGUGGCCAGGGUGCUGUACCUGACGGGGAGGUUCAUCAGGGGGAACAGAGUCAUCAGGCAGAUGCUGGAAGAUGGAGUGGCUCCCGAGCCGCGCUUCUUCCGCCGCCUCGUCGGGCUGCUCUGCGGGGUGGAGAGCCUGGAUAUUGCCCUCGAGGUGUUCGACCAUAUGCGCGGCCUCUGCGCGCCCCAGGAUUGCGGGCCGGUCUAUGACCUGCUGAUCGCCAAGCUCUGCAGGAGCGGGAGGUUCGACUCAGUGCGGCGGCUCUGUGACGACGCGGCGGCGAGGGGCGUCCUCCUCGGAUGCUCCAGGGAGCUGUUGGACUCCUCGAAGAAGGAGGUUUUCGAGCCGGCGAAGACGGAGAAGGAAACAGGGAGAGGCCUCGUCAGAGUCAGUAGCUCCAGGGAAAGACGGAAGAAGAUGAAGAAGAUGAAGAAGCUGAAGAAGAUGAAGAAGAGGAGAUCUACCUGA